UAUAUGUAUAUAUAAUCAUCUUCAUCUUCUUCCCUUUCAAUUAAGCAAACCUGAAUAUGGAAGAACAGGUGGAAAUGGUGGGAAGGGCAUUUGUGGAACAUUAUUAUCAUCUUUUUGAUACUCAAAGAUCAUCACUUUCUUCUCUCUACCAUCAAUCCUCCAUGUUGACUUUUGAAGGUCAAAGACUUCAAGGUGUUGAUCAUAUCUGUUUCAAGCUUAAUCAUUUGCCCUUUGAUAAAUGCCAUCACCUCAUCAGCACCAUCGACACCCAGCCGUCCUCCUCUGCUGGCGGCAUCGUGGUGUUCGUUAGCGGCAGCCUCCGACUUGCCGGUGAAGAACACCCUCUCAGGUUUAGCCAGAUGUUUCAUUUGAUGCCCACAUUGCAAGGAAGUUUCUAUGUGCAAAAUGACAUUUUUCGCCUCAAUUAUGGUUGAAUAUUAUCCAAAUUUGUUGUUAAUUAAUUACCUAUUGUAUUUUUCUGGUCUUUAAUCGAACUUUUGUAAUUUCUGUAUUUCGAUCGAAUACGUUGUACUUUGCAAACUUCGAUUGUGUGAUUCAUCAGUUUCCGAAUGACACGAACAAGAUGUAUGUAGGUAUCAUGCAACCAUAAAUCGUUAUAAUUGAAUACGGGUUUGUAGC